AUGGAGUUGCUGGGCGCAGCGACCACUCAGUUUGGGUUCGAGCUUUUCAAAGAGCUGAAUCAAGUCAACAAGGGCAACAUCGUCUUCUCCCCAGCGAGCAUCUCCGCGGCCAUCGGCAUGCUCCUGCCGGGGGCCCGCGGAGCCACCGCCGCCCAGCUGCGGAAGGUGCUUUUCUCUGAAAAAGACACGGAAAACUCAAGAAUCAGAGCUGAAGAAAAAGAGGUAGGAGAUGUGUCUUCCCACCUUCACGAAGGUGGCUUUAUUGAGAAGACAGAAGACAUACACCACCAAUUCCAAACGUUUUUGAAUGAAAUAAGCAAACUCACUAAUAAUUAUGAGCUGAAAAUAGCCAACAAACUAUUUGGAGAAAAGACAUACCUUUUCCUUCAAAAAUACUUAGAUUAUGUUGAAAAAUAUUACCAUGCUUCUCUGGAACCUGUUGAUUUUGUAAAUGCAGCAGAUGAAAGUCGAAAGAAGAUUAACUCCUGGGUUGAAAGCCAAACACAUGAAAAAUCCGAGGACCUGUUUCCGGACGCCGCUCUCAACAGCUCCACAAAGCUGGUGCUGGUGAACGUCGUGCAUUUCAAAGGGCAGUGGGACAGGGAGUUUGAGAAAGGACACACCAAGGAGGAGGAGUUUUGGCUGGAUAAGAGCACAAGUAAACCCGUGUUGAUGAUGACACAGCACCAGUCCUUCAGCUAUACUGUCCUGAAGGACCAGCAGGCCAAGAUUCUGGGGAUUCCCUAUAAAAACAACGACCUGAGCAUGUUCGUGUUGCUGCCCAAUGACAUCGACGGUCUGGAGAAGAUUGUAAGUAACAUAAGCCCCAGGAACCUGGUGGAGUGGACCGACCCAGGGCAGAUGGAGGAGAGGAUGGUGGACGUGCACCUGCCCCACUUCCAGCUGCAAGACAGCUACGACCUGGAGGCGGCGCUGGCGGCCGUGGGGCUGGCGGGAGCCUUGGGGCCGCGGGGGGCCGACCCUGCCCGGGCCGAGCGCGCGGGGCUGCAGGCCCAGAGGUUCCUGCACAGGGCCGUCGUGGUGGUGGCGGAGGACGGCACCGAGGCUGCGGCGGCCACCGGGGCGGGCUUUGUGGCCACGUCAGUGUCAGGUUGUGAAACUUUUCACUGCAACCAUCCCUUCCUGUUCUUCAUCAGGCACAAUGAGUCCAGCAGCGUCCUCUUCUUCGGCAGAUUUUCCUCUCCUUAG